GGAGGGGGCGGGGGGUCUCUCUUCGGCCACGCCGCGCAGGACUUGAGCGGGGCUGCUCCUGCCGCUCUGCGCCGUUCACCGUGAUACACAUACACACACACGCCACUUUUAGGCACUAUUGUUAUUGAUAACAACGGCGUCAUUGUUGUCAUUGCAGCAGCAGCAUCAUCAUCAGGGUUGUUCUCGGUGUGUAGUCGUGAGAGCGAGCGUGAUGCCUGUGGACGACACGAUCCGGCGAUAGCCGCUGAAGCGAUGUCGCCUUCUGCCCGGGCCGCGCGCGGCUACGCGUUGGUGGCGAUCGCUCUGGGGCUCUGUGUAAGCAGUGAAGCAACUCAAAAUGAUGCUCCAUCAAGUAAAGUAUACACUGGCCAAGCCACAGACUUGCGGAACAUUGUGAUAGUUGUCCACAGUCAAAGUAGCCAUUACAAUGCGCUGGCCGCUGGAAAACUCAAAGAAGGCUUCUUACAGCAAGCGCAAAAACUUCAACAGGGUCCCCCAACCAUUGUUCUGCUGCACAAAGUGGAUGAGGUGGCAGGAGCUUGGGCCAUUCUCCCAGCACUUCCCAGGCUCCUGUCCACACACGGAGGCUCAGCGACCUGGUGGUUCUUCUGUGAAGAAGAGACGAGGGUGGACUUGGAGAGGCUAAGACGGUUGUUGGGUCGCUAUGACCACAGCAAGCCGUGGUUCCUGGGCCGUGCCUUGCAUGACGAGAGCGCCACCAUCAUUCACAAUUUCGCGUUUCACGAGGACCCCACGUCAUUCCACUACCCACUCUUCUCGUCCGGAUGGGCUCUCAGCCAGCCUCUCCUCGCAAGCAUCGUGCAGAGGUGGACGCGGGAGUCACGCAGAGCGGAUUUUACCAUUGACCUCAAACAUGAAAUUGCCUUGUACAUCUGGAAUAAAGGACAAGGGACCAAGCUGACCCCCAUCCCGGAAUUUUGCAUCCGUGACGCUGAGGCCCAGUCAGGAGGCACGUGUGCCACCACCGUCUACACGGACCCUCCGCAAUGCGGGGAGCCAGUGGAAGACGACAAGAUUUUUUUUGCUAUAAAGACUUGUCACAAAUUUUACAUUGACAGAGUGCCAGUGUUGAAGAGGACGUGGGGGACUCGGGCGUCUCGUCUCGCGUUUUACAGCGACACGCUCGACGCAGACAUCCCCACCGUCGACUUAGGGGUGCCCAACACGGAGAGGGGUCAUUGCGCCAAGACGUUUGCGAUUUUGGAGAGAUUCAACUCCGAUCCCGCGUUUGAGCACACGCCGUGGCUUGUGAUUGCCGAUGACGACAGCCUCCUCAGUGUGCCCAGAUUGCAGAAGCUGCUGAGCUGCUAUGACCCAACUGAGCCUGUGUACCUGGGAGAGCGCUACGGCUAUGGGCUACUGACUGGUGGUGGCUACAGCUACAUAACUGGUGGCGGCGGAAUGGUGUUCAGCCGUGAAGCAGUGAAAGAGCUGAUGGCCGGUGGCUGCAAGUGCUACAGCGAUGAUGCUCCGGAUGACAUGGUGCUGGGCAUGUGCUUCAAGAGCCUGGCAAUUCCUGCCACUCACAGCCCACAGUUCCACCAGGCACGGCCGGAGGACUAUCCGCUCGACUAUCUCACAAGCCAUUCCCCAGUCUCCUUCCACAAGCAUUGGAACACGGAUCCCUACCACAUUUACGAGCGCUGGCUGGCCGGGGAUGAUCGCACAAGCAGCGAAGGCCGCGUCAUCGGGCACAGAGAACUGUAGUGGCCGGUCACAGCCUACACCAGGGGUGGGCAAAUUUUUUGACUCGCGGGCCACAAUGGGUUCUAAAAUUUGACAGAGGGGCCGGGCCAGGAACAGAUGGAGUGUUCGUGUGAGCUAAUAUAAAUGACAUAUCAAA